CAUCAAUCUGAUAAUAGAACCCUGUUCAAAAAUAAGCUUAUGAGCACUUUGCUGGGAGCAUUACAUAAACUACAGUAUUGGCAAAUAAGCCAAGGGGCUGAACAUCAUUGGGAACACUACCUUCUAACCACUAAAUGGAUUUAAACGACUGUAUUCCUAAACGAUCAAACUCUCACAUUUAUCUGUCAUGCUUGCACGCAAAUCAAGUUCAUUCCAGGAUUAUCGUAAAGCUUCUUACAGUUCAAGGGCCUUUUACCGUGAUCACUGUCAAGGCAGAAACAUUCGUGAUACUCGUCAUCGUCAGAGAUGGCAUUCAAGUCAUUGUCAUUGUCGCUGGAAUCCUCCUUCGACGAGCCACAUCAUACAGUAUCGUCAGGUACAUCGUCGUCCUCAUCAUCCCGGCCGGAGGUGGAACAACGUAUGAUUUAUUCUAAGGAUUUGUCAGUAAUGUCUACUACAUCAAUAUUGUCGAUAUUUGGUUUUCACGAAUUUCGAGAAUGCUUAGGGGUAUGAAAUAGAGUUCCGCUUAAUCACCUACUAUCGAUGAUGAGCGGAACGAAACUGUGGGCCAGGACUUCCACGAUGAUAAGCGCAGAGCAACGUUGACGGACUUCAGGGUGAACGCCAUUAAUGAUCCUAGAGGAAGGCUGUCGAGAAGUGAGAUUGAAGUGUGUGACGAAUUGAGAGAUAGUUGGAUGGAUCUGUCAAAUAUAGCAGAACCCGCAGAAGCUGGAUACGAGGGAUCCUGGAAAUGGCGAUUUGAUCUGAGAUUUGUCAGCG